ACCUUUUGAUAAUCGCAGUUAGUCGUAUGACCUCGUUCGUCGAAAACGGACGGUUUCAAAUUUUUAUUUAAAAAAAAAAACAAUUUCACUAGAAAUCUUUCUUCUUUGUCGUUCUAUAAUAUUUAGCUUGUCUUAAUGUUCUUCUAUACGAAUUACAUCAUAUGAUUAACAAUAACACUAUUGUUAUUAUGAACCAUAACACGAUGACACCAUCACCGGACAUGCAUAACAUUUACGGUUUUCACCAGCAUCAUCAUCAUCAACAGCAGCAACAGCAUCAGCAACAAUCACCUGACUUGCUGAGGAGUGGCGGACAUGUAGUGACCACCAAAGCCGAUUCCUCGUCAUCUUCUCCAUCACUCUGCUAUAAUAAAACUUCAACUUUCACGCAGGAUUUCAUGUUGGCCAACAAUACAAGUCAAACACAACAGCAGCAUGACGACGACAGCUGCAGCGAUGGAGAUGACUCGAAUUUGCCCAGCUGCACAUACAGAGCUGCACAUCACAAUUCUUCGUCACAUUCUUCGUGUUUUGUAGGAACUUCGAUAAGACAAGGCGAAUUGUCAUCGGCCGGGUCGAUGGGUCGGCAUAAUAUGGUCGCGGCCGACGGAUACUACGUGAGCGACGGCGUCGGCGGGGCCGGCCACCACAGCGGCGGCGGCGGCGGUGGUGGUGCCGGGGCAGGCCAUCAUCAUCACCAUCACCACGGCCAUCACCACCACCAUCACCAUAACAGCAACGGGAAUGGUCACGGGCACCAUCAUCACCAGGCGACGGGACCGGCAGCGGUGGUGACGGCGAUGGACGCACAAGGCGUGGGCGUCAUGGCCGGCGGCGGAGGGUACAGGGUGCAGAGGCAAGCGGCCAACAUACGGGAACGAAGACGGAUGUUGAGGUCAGACCUGGCGCCGACUCGGGCAGCGGAUAGGCCGACGCCGGUCAAAAUCAGCAUCAACUCGGCGUUCGACGAGCUCCGCGGACACGUGCCCACGUUCCCGUACGAGAAACGGCUGAGCAAGAUCGACACGCUGCGGUUGGCCAUCGCGUACAUUGCGCUGUUGCGCGAAGUGCUGUCGGCCGACUGCGAUCCAUUGACGUACGUCCAGCGGUGUCUGAGCGGCGAACGGCAACCGGAACGCGCCGAGUGGAACACCAGCGAUCUGACUGCUCGACUUUCAUGGAUCAACUGGGAGAAUUUAGGAGUAAAUCCCAACCGACGAGGCGUUUUGACGUCUUACUCGAUUCCUGACAACGUUAACAACUGAAAUCAUAAUUAUGUCUACAGAUUAAUGUGAUCUUACGCAUUGUAUAUAUUAUUGUAUAGACGAUUUUUGUUAUAGGAUCUUAUUCAUUGUUAAUGUGUUAUAAUGUUGAUUUAUAAAUGUACAGUAAAUAGUACAUGCAAAUGUGCAAUAGGUACUCUCUGAAAAAUAUUAACAUAUCGUAUUAACAUUGCGUAAUAAAAUUAAUUUUAAAUUAAAAUGAAAUAAAUAUCAACUUGUUCAAGUUUUGUUCAAACACUCGGAAAUGAUCUACUGCGACUACAUUCCGAAUCGUAGAACUUGAUUAAAAGUAUUAGAAACCGUGGGUAAAUUAUAAUACAAGCGCGGGUUAAUAGUAAUACUCUUUAUACUAGAAUGGUAUACAAAUAAAUUUUGAAAGUCAA